AUGUCGACCCACACGCCCUUUCCCUCGUUUUCCACCGUCAACUUCUACGCCGGAUCCAAGCUCAACCGCCUCUCGUGGCUCCGCACCUCGUCGGCCUUUCUCAACAGCGCCAUCUCGUCGGACGCCACCCGCUUCGUCGUCCUCAACAACCUCGACCCGCUCGUCCACAAGGCAGGCGACAAGGAAGGCGGCCUCGCCACCCUCUCCUGGGCCGAGGUGCGCGACACGAUCGAGCAGAGCAAGCAGCUCUGCGGCGGCACCGGCCCGGGCAUCUUUGGGCCCGACGUCUACCGCCUCGAGAACCGCGCGGGCGAGCAAAGACAGAAGGAGUUUGCGCGCGCCACCGACGGGCUCGGGCCCAGCAACCUCGCCCUCGUCUUUCUCGGCAUCGACGAGUCUGACCUCGCCGCCACCUCGCUGCCCGGCCAGAUGGCCCAGGACGCCUCCAACAACGCCGACAAGGCCGCAAACGACGACGACGCCAAUGCGCCCGCUGGCAGACCCUACUUUGCCCUCUCGCUCAGCUUUGUCCCGCCCACCAACGGUGCUGGCGCUGGCGCUGGUACUGCCUCGGAGCAGCUGCCCACCCGCAAGCUCCUGGACAAGCUCAAGGCCGAUGACAAGUACGACUUCCUCGACAUGCGCGCCAAUUCGGCCACCAAGUCGUGGCCGCUCGAGGAUGCCGCCGUCGUGGCACAGGCAAAGAGCCUGGUCGACUGGAACGAGAGGUGCCAGUACUGCCCCGCCUGUGCCCGCCGCCAGUAUUCGCUCUGGUCGGGCUACAAGCGCGGCUGUUCGUCGUCGCUCGCACCCUACGCCCCUCCUACCUCCUCCUCCUCCUCCUCCUCCUCAUCGCCGUCAUUCACGCAGCCAUUCGAGUCGACAUCGACCGACAUCUGCCCGUCGACGCAGGUGCUGAGCAACUUCCACUACCCGCGCACCGACCCCGUCAUCAUCAUGGCCAUCAUCAGCGCCGACGGCAACAGCGUGCUGCUGGGCCGGCAGAAAAAGUGGCCGCGGGGCUUCGUCAGCUGCCUCGCUGGCUUCUGCGAGCCCGGCGAGUCGUUUGAGGAGGCCGUCAGGAGGGAGGUGCUCGAAGAGGCCGGCGUCAAGGUCAAUGAGGUCGUCUACCAUUCCAGCCAGCCCUGGCCGUACCCUACCAAUUUGUGA